AUGUUGGACAACUUUACGGUGCCGUUUGCCACGUCUCAUCCUUUGGCGUCUAUCUCAGAAUCCACGCGAGACCAAAUCAUACCACCGUCCUUUCUUCGCAAUCCCAACGCCACUAUCGCCUCAAAGCAUUUGAACAAUCGAUACGCAGCUUGGCAGAACCGCGAUGUGAUUCGAACCCGAGACAAUGUCAAGAACGAAACGGAACGGAUAAAACUAUUUGGUGGUGAGCCUGGCGACGAUGUGGGGCUCUGCUACAAGAUGAUGGAAGUGUUUCAAGGGAUGAAUUGGAUUGACAGCCUUGAUUAG